UCUUGCCCGCCAAAAUCACACUCAAAGCAAUCGUAGGUCUUAUGAUUAUGAGGAGAACAUUUCCCCUCACAACCUCUCGUUAUUACACUUCUGCCACUCUGUUCCUUACACCACAGAAUCUCCUUCAUCUUCUUCAGCUAAGCAUCGACCUUCAUGCUCAUAAACUAACCCAACAAUGUCACUCUCAAAUCCUCGCAAACGGGUUCGCCCAAAACGCUUUCCUCACCACCAGGCUCAUCUCUGCAUACGCCACAUGUGGAGAUUUAACCAAGUCAAGGUUUGUCUUUGACUCCAUUGAAGCCAAAAACGUUUAUCUCUGGAACUCCCUCAUUAAUGGGUAUGUUAAAGAUCAUCAAUUUGAACAAGCUAUUGCGUUGUUUCGCGAAAUGGAUCGUUGUGAUGAUGAUAGUUUGUUGCCUGAUGAUUACACUCUUGCCACAAUGUCCAAAGUUUCUGGUGAGCUUGAGGAUUUGGUUUUUGGAAAAAUGAUUCAUGGGAAGAGUGUGAGGGUUGGGGUUGUGUCGGAUAUUGUUGUUGCAAAUUCUGUAAUGUCAAUGUAUUGUAAAUGUGGCGAGUUUGGUGAUGCAAUGAAGGUGUUUGAUGAAAUGCCUCAGAGGAAUGUUGGUUCGUUUAAUGUUAUAAUGUCUGGAUGUGCUUCCUUGGGGAAUUCCGGUUCUACUUUACAUGGUGAUUUGUGGAAUUUUUUUCGAAGAAUGCAGUGUGAAGGUUAUAAAGCUGAUGCUUUCACAAUUGCUAGUCUUUUGCCUGUGUGUUGUGGUAAUGCAGGAAAGUUGGAUUAUGGGAGGGAACUUCAUUGUUAUCUUGUGAAGAAUGGAUUGGAUUUGAAGAAGGGAUCUGAUGUUCAUAUGGGGUCUUCUUUGAUAGAUAUGUAUUCAAGGAGUAAUAAACUUGUUCUUAGUAGGAGAGUAUUUGACCAAAUGAAAAGCAGAAAUAUAUAUGUGUGGACGGCAAUGAUUAAUGGUUGUGUACAGAAUGGAGCACCUGAGGAUGCAUUGAUUAUUCUCCGUGAGAUGCAAAGGAAGGAUCGAAUUCCACCCAAUAAAGUAUCGCUUAUUAGUGUGCUUCCAGCUUGUGGCUUGCUUGCUGGAUUAACAGCAGGGAAACAAGUCCACGCGUUUUCUAUUAAGAUGGAGUUGAAUGAUUAUAUUUCCUUAUGUAAUGCUUUGAUUGAUAUGUAUGCUAAAUGUGGGAGUUUAGUUUAUGCAAGACGAGUAUUUGAUAACAGUUCUUACUUCAAAGAUGCUAUCACUUGGAGUUCGAUGAUCUCUGCAUAUGGAUUACACGGGAAAGGAGAGGAAGCUGUGACAACAUAUUACAAAAUGCUUCAGCAAGGGAUCAAGCCUGACAUGAUAACAGUGGUUGGUGUUCUUUCUUCUUGUAGCAAGUCAGGAUUGGUAGAUGAAGGAAUUAGUAUAUAUAAGUCCCUGACGACGAAGUACGAAAUGAAACCAACAGUUGAAAUCUGUGCUUGUGUUGUAGAUAUGUUAGGUCGAUCGGGACAGCUUGAUCAAGCCUUGGAGUUCAUCAAAGAAAUGCCUAUAGAUCCUGGUCCAAGUGUUUGGGGAUCUCUUUUAACCGCCUCUGUAAUACAUGGAAACUCGACGACAAGAGACAUGGCUUAUAAGUGUCUCUUAGAGCUAGAACCUGAAAACCCUUCAAAUUAUAUCUCGCUAUCAAAUACAUAUGCUUCUUAUAGAAGAUGGGAUGUUGUAACUGAGGUGAGAACAAUGAUGAAAGAGAGAGGUUUAAGAAAAGUUCCAGGUAUCAGUUCGAUAACUAUCAGCGGUAAGACUCAUUCUUUCUCUGUUGCCGACACAACACAUCCUUCUUCUAGUUCAAUCUAUGAAAUGCUCGAUGACCUUGUAUCAAUAAUGACAGAUGGUUGUACUGAUAUCGAUACCCUAACUUAAAUCUCCUGGAAUUGACGUGAUAAUUGUUUUUAUCUUUUGAAGUGUCUAGUAAACACUGAAAACUGGCCAGCCAUGUAGCUCAGCCAAAUCUGAAACCCCUUGCUUGGUGAUCAUUCAAGAUUCAAAAUCAGACAUGCUAAUAAUUAUUUGUGAGAAAAACUACAAAAAAAAUCCCACCUUGUAGGUUGUUUUGAUAAAUAUGUUUACUUUAGGAGGUGACAACACUGUUGAACAUAGUGAGUGCAAAUGAAAUGGUCCCCGUGAGAUACUGAGCAGCUAAUCAAUGUGCAGAUACUUGGAUGUUCACAUUUAGUUUGAUCAUCAUGAAGAAAGGGAAAAAUACCUUACAGCGGUAAAUUAUAGGUACUGAUACUCCAAAAGAAACAGUAUGAACUAGAAUCAUUUCAUUCAAAUCCAGCCUCAUUACUGCAUAGGUGACAAAAGCAUGCUACCGAGUACCCACAAAAAUAGGAGAAUAGGGAUUUUAAUGUAACUCACAUUCUGAUUUACAACCUGAUAAAACCAGAGAGAUCUUCAUUUCCAAAUAUAUUAGAAGUAACAGAAAGUUGGCUGCAUGUGUUAGCAGAAGCAGAUGUAGAUUCAACAGUUGGCGCCAAUGAGGGAUAAAGUUAUUGUAUUAUUAAUUUCAAGUUUUUUGGGGGGUUUUAGCUUGAAUGGUCCCUUGCAUAGUCUGCCAUUACUAUUAAGAUGAAUCAUAGCACUCUUCAAAUAAAUAUAGGGUGAAAUAGCAGUUAGGAACAAUAAUCAAGAUAUGAAUAUCUGUAUUCUUGCUGCAGGUUUUUCCGCCUCAGCAACUUUGCCUUUCUUGUUUUCAAUUCACUCAUUGAGAUCAGUUUUUA